AUGGGCUCGAAUACGCCAAUCGAAGACAAGAUAAUUGUUAGACGAGCGAGCACUGCAAGCCUUCUGUCGGAAGAUAAGCAUAGAAAAAUUUUGGGGACGGAUAGUAGCGGAGUCGGGGCGGUCGGAGUCUCUGAGCCCUCUGGAAUUGUCAAAAACGUGAAUCACGAAAAAUCGGCAACCCCACUGCAAAGUGACAAAGUUAAAUUGAUUUGUGCCAUUAAUGCAAAUUCUACGAAUGCAGCUAGUGGUGGAGCUCCAAUGACAGGAGAACAAAAAUCAGGAGGGAGCAAAAGCAAGGAAACAAAUUGGCAAGCAUGGACCUGUCAAUCUGGGCUGGUUCCCGUCUCAGAUGAUGGAGCCGGACAUUCAUUCGGUGCCAAUGCUGGACCUUCAUCGAGUGGGACUGUGUUUGAUGAUCACGGAAACGCCUGCGAGGUGAACAACAAGUGUAACGUCAUGGAUGAAGAUGAAACAAUGAAAGCCGAUGAAAAGGACAAAAGAAUUGAAUCCGUCAAUGAGCCAGCGGUAAAGAAAUCAAAAAUGAAAUAG